AGGGUUUUACGCAUCAUUAAUCUAGUUUCAGAAUGAAUGAAUCAAGAAAUAUAGUUGUGGCUAUCCAACUGGAUGUUUAAUUUAAAAUACUUUAAAGUUCCCCCAACUUAAGUUUUCCUCAAUUCUGGCUACGCCCAUGUCCGGAUUUGGGACUGCCACUUCGAUGUCGGUCCUUUGACAGAUGAGUUGGUAAAAUUAGUAAUUAAAUUGAAAUUGUAAUGGAUAGGAUUGUAAAAAAAGAGGAAAUAAAAGUGGAGGACUUUACGGGGAUUCCUUCGGUGAGUCUGCAUGGCAUCGGAGGCGACACAUUGCAGAAGGAGGACUAUGGAGAUAUGCAUGUGGAGGAGGUGCUAACCGAGGAGGAUCUAGAACUUGAGGAGUUCAGUGACCAGGAAUUUGUAGAAUCUGAGGAGACUGAUGUGACCAUCACGCAAUCCAACACCGCUCGAACAUUGCCCUCCAACGAUGCUACGAUACGCAAGUAUCCCUUUAAGCUGAAGCACAACGAAUCCGGGAACAUCCUCACCGUACACCAUACAGUCAAGGAGGAUGGUCAGCAGAUGCGCAUCCAAAUCGGCGCCUGCUGCUUCAAUGAGCUGAGCAACAAACUGGUGGUCAUCGACAAGCGUGGCAACAUCUUUGUCUUUGACUUUGUGAGCAAACGCUACUGGCGUCUGAGCUUCCGGAUCCCCAAGGUCAGGGUUAUUCGUCCGUCGCCGCAGCACAGGAGCGACUACAUAGUGGGCAACAAGCUGGGCCAUAUUUUCAUCAUUGAUGUGGACAACUCGAUUCUGGGGCGCCAGAGCGAGGUGGGCAAUACGCCGCCCGACGAGAUCACGUUCGGCAAUCGCCUGCGAAAUCCCCGCGCCGCCAACGUCCUGAUGCGCUUCGGUCGCACGGCCCUCCUGGCCAAUCUCCAGUCGCUCCAGGUCUCCCAUCAGCUGGACUUUGACGAGUCGCGCUACACACUAAAGUUCGCUGCGUUUUUGCCCAACUCGGACCAGUUCUUCAUCGGUUUCUCGAACGACUCGCUGCAUGUUUGGUCUUCGCAUACGCUGAGCACUCUCCGGAUGGCCCAACCCAUUAAGGCCAAGGACCGCAGGCUCAGACUGCUGCCGGCAGGAGAGUCCAUUCCGGAGAUCUCUCUGCGUGGCUCCAAUGACAGUGACCUGGAGAAUGAUCUCACAUUCGACUGCCAGGACCACGACUUUGCCGAUGGCAAGCUGAUGAGCUAUUGCUUCACUCCCGACGGCAACAAGAUGUGCCUGAGCACCGUCGACGGCUACCUGCUGCUCCUGAGCACGGCAUCCUUCGACCUGGAGAAGAUCUUCCGCCUCACCGACUUAGUGCUCCGUCAAUUUGCCUUCCUCAGCCAGCCCAAAGAGCGUGUGGUGUUCGGGAUCACGGGUAGGAAUCAGGCCGUCAUGCUGGACCUGGCCAAUACAGACCACAAGCUGAUCGUCCAGCGUUCGAAUGCAAUCAGCCUGAGUCUGAGCAAGGAUGGCAAGCUGCUGAGCAUAAUCUCCGGCGGCGGGGAGGUCAAUGUGUGGUCCACAUGCCGCCUCUUCAACGGGUUGCAGGUACAGACCCGUUGCCUCAACCACAUCAAGGCCACGGCCUUGAAGAAUACGGCUCCUCUGCCCCUGCCGCUGGCCUCCUCCAGUGCCAGCGGAUGCAUGAAUCCGGAGUUGCGCCAUCUGCUGAAGCCACAACGGCUUCGGAGCAUACUCAAAGAGUACGGAUGCUAUCCGGAGAAGUACAGGUUCCUGAUUUGGACUUCUCUAAUGGAGCUGCCCUGCAAUGGUUCGCAGUUUCAGGCACUCUUAAAGUUGGGUUCGCCGCUUGUGGUUCGGAACAAAGCCAAGAAGCUGAAGAUUCGCAACGAGGCGCAGAAGCGAUCUGUGAUCAAGAUCUGGAGCUGCCUGGCCCAGUGGUGCAAGGUGCUGGCCCAUGCCGACUUCAUGCCGCACUUGAUCUAUCCGUUCGUUAAACAGCUGCCUAAGAACGGUCUCAUCGCCUUCGAGGUGUUGGCCACCCUUAUCCUGAACCACUUCCAGCUGUGGUUCGAGUUCCAUCCUCUGCCUCCCGCCAACUACCUGGCCCUGUGCGAGAACCUCCUGCAGCACCUGGACGAGCGCCUAUGCAAGUUCUACAAGGCGCAGGAGGUGCUGCCCAAGGACUAUGCCUGGCCGCUGCUAAGCAGUGCCUUCGCCGAGAUCCUGGAGGAGCAACAGUGGCUGGUGCUGUGGGACAACAUUGCCUCGGAGCCGCCCUGGUUUCCCAUCUUCCUGGUGGUGGCCUACAAUCUGCUCAAUCGCGAGAUUAUCAUACGGUUGCCUGACCAACGAUCCGUGCUCUCGUUCUUCCACGACCAGAACCCGCUGGACAUCGGUAAGCUGCUCUCCAAGGCCCGCAGGAUAAUGAGCAGAUGCGAGCUUGCCCUGCAUCCGCAGCGUUUCAUGCAACCCUUCGAGGCCAUUCCGAGUGGCGUGUAUCCCAAGUUCCUCAAGUAUCCCAGCGAGUGGAUCGAUCAGCAGGAGGAGCAGGCCGUCUCUUUGCUGAAGCACAACCAGGAGAUCGAUGCCCGCAUCCGGCACCUCGAGCUGGAGGAGGUGCAUAUCAUGGAGCGGCUGGAGAACGGCCUCAAGCAGGAGGAGCAUACGCGGCGCCUCAAGGAGAUGGAGAAGCUCUACCAGGACACCAUCCACCGCGAGGAGGAGCGCAUCACGUGCCAGCGCAAGAUGCUGCUCACCUACCAGAUGGAGGUGCGUCAUCGCAAGAGCGAGGUCAUCAGCAAGUUGCAGCAGUCCGAGCAGCGACGCAAGGUCAUUGAAAUGGAGAAGGACAUUGAUCUGCUGAUGCACAGCAUCGAGCGUGAGCGUCGCCGGAACAACCAGCAGAUGCAGCUGGCUGAGGACGAAAUACGCAACCAGGAGAUGGAGCUCCUGGCGCAGCGCUACUAUUCGGAGUCGGGAGGCGCUCCAUUGGCCCAGAAGUACUACGACAACAUCCAGAAGCUAUGCCGGCAGCGGAAUCAGUUGCAGCAGGAUCUUAAAGAGAUGACCAUGGAACAGCUACGCACGCCAACCACUUCUUCUGCUGCGCCACAUUAUCCCCAGCUGGCGGAUAUUGAGAGCUCCAUACUGGACAUCCAGCGCGAGUUCACCGACAUUGUAAGCUCAGAGGCAACACUGACGACCAAGGGACGUAGGGGCAAUGUCUCCUAAUCUUAAUUAGCAUAACAAAUGGCGGCCUUAAGGUACAAAUAAAUCUCUAAGCUAGGAAUAUUUACAUGGCAUCGCGAAAAUAAAAUAAAUAAAGGCA